AUGUCAGCGUCCUUGAGAGAGAUACCUUUUGAUGUUUUCAUUCAGUCUUCUCAAACACAGGUAUCUAUUGACCCUUUGGCGAUUGGUCGUAUUAUUUCUCCGUUAUACAGAAAUGAUAUUAUUGAGAUCAAGAAAUCUGGUUUUUCUAGAAUUGUUAUUCAAUUCAAAUCCAGAACUACUGCUAACAGUAUACUUAGUAAUUCUGUUUUGAAAUCGAAGAAUUAUGUUUUUACUUCUUCUUCUAGAAUAUCGAGGAGAGGUAUUAUUCGUAAUGUGCCUUUGGAUAUGUCAGAUGAGGAAAUCUUGCAGAGCAUCGAUUCUGCUAUUCCGAUUAUCUCUGUGAAGCGUUUUAAUAGGAGGCUGAGACGUCCUGAGCAUUCAUCUCCUGGGAAGACUUCUUCGCGGGGAACUGACAAUGAGUCUUCUUUGAUACCAUCUAGGACGAUUUCUUUGACCUUCAAGGGGCAAAAGUUGCCAUUGUCUAUAUUUUUAUAUAGAAUAAGAUAUGCUGUUAAUCCUUUUGUUACUAAAACUGCUCUUUGUUUUUCUUGUUUCCGAUUCGAUCAUUUGAAGUCUCAGUGUAAGGGACAUCCUCGCUGUAUUCUUUAUAAAGGCGGAGUUCAUGAGAGCGACUCCUCUUGUCCUAAAGAGAAGGACCCUCCUUCUUGUAUUAAUUGUAAGGGUGCGCAUAGGGCCACUAGUUUGCAGUGUCCUACUUAUGUCUCUCAAAAAAGAGUUAGCUACUUUAAAGAAUAUUUCUUUAUCUGAAGUUAGAAGAAUGACUCGUGGCGGCGUUGUUUCCUCGUCGAAUGGUUCCAGUGUGUUUCCUCUUUUGGAAUCUCCUUCGGCUCCACUCCCUCAGUGUUUUGACGCUCCUGUAUCUUCGACUCCUUUUUCUUUUCAUAAAACAUUUGCCCAGUCGGUUGCUUCGUCCUUUCCUGUUGUUUCUCCAUCCUCUUCUUCAGGGAGGGGGGAUCUAUUACGGAAUAAAAAAGUCCGAGCGCCUAAGUCCUUUUCUCAGAAUGAUGCUCAGUCUUUAUUGCUAGCACCAAAUGGAAGAUUGCCUUCUUUUCCUUCGGGUAUCAUUACAGCACAAAAAUCUUUCUCUUUUUUCCUUUCCUCCCUCCUUUUUACCUGGUCCUGCUAAUCCUUUGUCCUCCUCUCCUUCCUUUUCUGAUCAGAUCACAGUUAUCUUUGACGCUUUAAUGAAUAAACUUUCACCUUUUUUGAAGCUCCUGGGGAUUUAUAAAGAGACCUUUCAGUUAUUGAGUUUGUUUCCUCAUUCUCUUAAUUCUCAGGCUGUUCCUGUUGAUUCCUUAAAUUCCUCUCCUUUUUCCUCUCAUGUUUAAUAUCUGCUUCAUCUAAUUUAUCUCUUGCAUGCAAUUCCUUAAAGAUUUUACAAUGGAACUGUCAUUCACUUUCUAAUAAAAUUGAUUUAGUUAAUUCUGUUUUUACUGAUUAUGAUAUUCUUGCGCUAUCAGAGACUUGGCUCACUCCAGACUCUGUUGUUUCACUUCGUGAUUUUAAUAUUUUUCGAUCUGAUACUUUAAUAUUAAAUUCGGGUGGUUUGCUUCUUGCAGUUCGAAAAAAUAUUCCUUAUACUUUUGUUCCAUCCUUUUAAUUUAAAUAAUAAAAUA